AUGCUGGCCCUACCACGUCAGGCGUCGACGCCCUUCAGGAGGUGCGAGAGGACAAUCGGGAGAUACAUCCAGUGCCGGAACUUCGGUCUGCGCAUCGAUGAACCGCGCAAAGAGCGCGUCGUGAUCCUUGGCUCCGGCUGGGCAGGCUACGGCUUCGCACGAACCCUCGAUCCCACCAAAUAUGAGCGCAUCAUCAUCUCUCCGCGCUCCUACUUCGUCUUCACCCCCCUUCUAGCUUCCACUUCAGUGGGAACGCUCGAGUUCCGCACUAUUCUCGAGCCGAUCCGUCGCCUGCGCGGGCAAGUCGGGUUCUACCAGGGUUGGGCAGACGACGUGGACUUCGACCGCAAAAUCGUGUAUGUCGAGUCCAAUGCUGCAGAAGAAGCCGCAUCCAAGACGGUCGUUCCCCCUCCCUUGCCCGGGCCGUCCUCGACAGAGGGGCAAGAGAAGGCCGUGGCCCCGGCAAAGGAAACGAAACCCAAGGGACACAUCAUCCAAAUCCCCUACGACAAACUCGUCAUCGCCUGCGGCGCCUAUUCCCAGACCUUCGGCAUCGAAGGCGUGCGUGAACAUGCUCACUUCCUCCGCGACAUCGGCGACGCCAGACGCAUCCGUCUGCGUGUGCUUUCCCUCUUCGAGAUGUGCUCCUACCCUCCCGGCUCGGACCCCCUCAGUGACGACGACAAGCGCACGCUGCUACACUUCGCCAUCGUGGGCGGCGGCCCAACAGGAAUCGAGUUCGCGGCAGAGUUGCACGACCUCAUCCACGAAGAUUUGGCGCCAAUUUAUCCUCAGUUGAUGCGAUUUGUUCGAAUAACAGUCUACGACGUCGCCCCAAAAGUCCUCCCCAUGUUCGACCAAGCGCUCGCCCAAUACGCCAUGGAGACGUUCCACCGUCACGGCAUCAGCGUCAAAACUCGUCACCAUCUCCAACGUCUCCGUCCAGCCGAUGGCCCCCUCGGAACACGCCACGGUGCACUGAAAAUCAAAAUUAAAGAAUACGGAGACGCCGAGGUCGGUGCCGGCUUGGUGGUUUGGAGCACAGGCCUAAUGGCCAACCCCUUCAUCUCGAAGCUCGCCAGUAAAGAAAUUUCCUCUCCCUCCGCCCAUGCUGCAGCAAACAACCCGUUUACUCCCCCGCCUUCGGCUCCGAAUAUCGUCCCCCCUCCCACGAGGCACCUCCUCCGAGACUCUCGCACGGGGGGUCUGCUAACAGACGGACACCUCCGCGCCCUCACAGCACCCACCAACCCUAACCCUGCUAUCUUCAACUCUCCAAAGCCUCCCUCUCAAACAGCCACCGCCCUCCCAGACGUCUUCGUGAUAGGCGAUUGCGCCGUGCUAGCCUCAAACCCCGCACUCCCCAAGACAGCACAGGUAGCUUCCCAACAGGCCUCUCACCUCGCCAAGGCGCUGAACAAAGCAUACGAUCCUUCUCCCUUACGUUUUCCGGAUGGUACACGGGAAAACAUGGAGAAAAUGAUCGUCACUGGGGAGCUAAGACCAUUUAAGUUCCGUAAUUUAGGCACGUUGACAUACUUGGGGAGCUGGAAAGCCAUUCAUCAAAGCAAGGUUGAUGCGUUAAGGGGAUGGAUGGCGUGGGUGCUCUGGAGGACGGCAUACUUGACGAAGAGCAUGAGUCUGAGGAACAAGAUUUUGGUGCCGGUUUAUUGGGUUGUAUCAUGGAUCUUUGGACGGGGAAUUUCGAGAUUUUAA